AGCUGAGCUUCCCUGGGUAAUUGCUCUGUCCCACGAUGCUUUCCUCCCUGCUUUACCGGGCUGAAAUCUGCCUGCUGCUGCUCUGCAGAAGCUUCCAGCUGGAGGGUGCAGCAACAGGUUUGAAGGAAGCUGUGAAAUCUGACAGCAUUAUUGCAGCAGCCCUUGGUGGAGAGGCAAAUUUCUAUUGCAACUUCUCACUCUCGAUGGAUGUUUUGCAAGUCACCUGGCAGAAGAGAAACGGGUCCUCCUUCCAGAACAUAGCCACCUAUAGCUUUAACCACGGGCCGAGGCUAAUAGAGCCAUUUCAGAAGAAGGUGCGUUUCACUACAGCAACCCUGAAGGCCUCAGCUAUCACUCUCCAAAAUCUCACAUUUGAGGAUGAGUCCUAUUACCAGUGCAUUUUCAAUGUGUUCCCUCAUGGCUCUUUCAGCAAAGAUAUAUACCUCAACAUCCAAACAAUUUCUGAGCUAAAAGUGGGAUAUGAUUCCCACUUGUCCUCCAAGGGUCUCCUCACUGCAGUCUGCUCAGCAACAGGAAAGCCUGCCCCCAAAAUCACUUGGCUGGAUAACAGCGGCCCGGAUGAGCCCUCUGAAAUACACCACAUCCAAAAUGCAAAUGGAACAGUAACAGUGGCAAACAGGUGUACCUUCUCUGCCAACCACCUCCGUGCCUUGACCUGCCUCCUCGACCACCCACAGGGAAGGAAAAUGAAGGCACUUUACCUGGAAAAAGAAAGGGAAGGUGAUCAGAAGAGCAUAAUCAUCAUGGCGGUCUUAACAGUUGUGGUGUUCUUAACAAUCUUUAUCCAUUAUGUCAUAAGGCUAAUCAACAGAAAAAGGAAAAGACAGGAGAGACACAGUGCACCCAGAACACCUGCAGAGGAGAAAGGCUUGCACCAAGACCGAAGUGAGGAAGCCAUGAGCCUGCACACACUGAAGGACCAGCACAUUGUUUAUCAAAAUGAGAAGCGGACACCAAAUUCCUCACUUCAUGAAAGGCUGUCAGGUGAGAAGAGAAACCUGAGAGAGAAAAAGAAAUACAAGCGCUUGUUUCCAGAGAAAAUUGAGAACCUGAAGAGCAACACUGAGAGGCAAUGUAAGGUAUGGAUCAGGGAGCUCGGCUGCACACCCAUCAAGGAGGAUAGAGAGGCAACAGCAGGUGGGGAGUCUAAAUGACAUCUCGACGUGGCUGCUCCCCAGCCCAGCACAAGAAGAGCCGUCAGCCCACUAAAGACCCAUCUCCACAAGCCCAGAGGAGCCCAGGGACCCAAGGGCAGGUGGGGAGCUCAAACUAAGGACUCAGAGGAAGGAACACCUUGCCAAGACCCCUCCCAGGAAUGUCCCAGGAGAUCCUCAGCCCCAGGGUCCGCGUGUGAAACCCACCCAGAUGAGUCAUCAGUGGAGCACUUUUCGAACCAAGGGAGCGAUCGCUUAAAGGGGUGUAGACACACGAUAAGAUGCAAGGGAAGAACGUUUUGGGAUUGCACAGGACUUAU